UUAAGUGUAUUUCUGUGGCCGGAAUCGGAAUCGGAGUUACACGUAUUUAAGAACAAUGGCAAGGAGAAUGAAGUCGUUGGCGGCGGUUUUGUGGGUGGUGGUGGUUCUGUUGGUGGCGGAGAGAAGCAGGGGAUGGGCUGAAGAAACAAAGGACAAUGUAGCCGAAGCUGCUUCCAACGCAAAGGACAAUGUAGCCGAAGCUGCUUCCAGCGCAAAGGAAAGCGUAUCCGAAGCUGCUGAAAAAGCGAAGCUUGGUGAGAAAGCCGAAGCCGUAAAGGAAGGGGCUUCAGAAGCUUAUUCAAAUACAAAGGAAAGCGUAGCUGAAGCGGCUGAGAAAGCGAAGCUUGGUGAAAAAGCCGAAGCCGUAAAGGAAGGGGCUUCAGAAGCUUAUUCAAGUGCGAAGGAAAACGUAGCUGAAGCGGCUGAAGAAGCGAAGCUUGGUGAGAAAGCUGAAGCCGUGAAGAAAGGGGCUUCCGAAGCUUAUAACGACGCUAAGGACAAGGCUGGGUCUUGGUCCAAUUGGGCAUACAACAAGCUUUCCAAGGGAUUCGGGUUUAAAGAUGAAGAAGUGAAGGAGACAGCCCCCGCCAAGGCGGAGAAAGCAGACGAAGCCACACCGAAAGGCGGAGAAGCGGCGAAGGAAGUGGCCGGCGAGACGCCCAAACACGAGCACGAGCAUAAUCCGGCGGAGAAGGAGAAGACCACCGAGCUCUGAGCUAACACAUGGAUUUUUGCCCUUUAUUUUAAAUAAAUCGAGAUUUUGAUUUUUUUUUCUUUCCAUUU